AUGGACUAUCGACAGCAAGACCAAGGGCCCAUCGUUCACUAUCCCACGAACCAAGACGCCGGUUAUCACCCACUGAAAGCUUCGCCGAUCCCAACGCAGUCCUACCCCCAGACCUCCUAUAGCCCGGCGCCUCCACCUCGACCUCCUUUCAUGAUGCCUCAGUACAACCCCCGAGACGUUGGCGACACGUCGCAGAUCAAGAAAGGAAAGCAAUCGAUGGCCGACCUCAAACUCCGCCGUCUAACCGAACUAAACAACCGGCUACGUGAAGAUUUGGAGAGGGAAAGGAUUCCCGUGAGCAGCGCGGCGAAGAGGUAA